UUUGUACGCGUCUUGACAAUAUCCUCCUAGUCGCUCUAGCUUAGUGGUUUAGCUAUGCUGCUACAACUUUGAAAAUGUAUCCGAGAUCCUUACAAACUAGGAAUGGGGCGCCACCCGAGCACAGUAUAACAGCUUCGCCAAUAGACCAUCAAGUUACUCGACGGUCUUCCAACGGAAGCCAAGUCGGAGGCUGUGGCUGCUGUGCGAGAGUUGUUUCGAGCGAUGGUGGCGGAGGUACUGCCGUCGGGUAGGUAUAAAAAUAGAUGGGCGGGAUUACUGAGUUGGUAUGGUGAUGAUUUGGUGUUUGCUGGUUUGAUGCCAGGAAGACGGAGAGAGAUAUUCUAGCCAGACGGUGGCGAGGAGUAUCGGAAUCGGAGGAUCUUAAGGGGGGAUGCAAAUUCACUUAUCAAGUGUCAUUGCUAGGUUAGCAAUAUGUUCAUGUUUGCUAGUGUCACGUAGGGGGCAGUAUACGCCUUGCACAGAUAUAAUCUAUU